AAGUGCUUGGAGGGAGCGGAAGCAGCUGGUGAUGUUGGAACAAACAUGGCUGUCCCGGCGCCCCUCGGCCCCUCGGGCUCCCGCUGUCCUCGGCUCUUCGCGGGCCUCCGGUGGCUUCCGCUCCUGGGGCUGCUGCAGCUGCUGGUGGAGCCCGGCCUGGGCCGCGUCCACCACCUGGCCCUGAAGGAUGACGUGAGGCAUAAGGUUCAUCUAAACACCUUUGGGUUCUUCAAGGACGGGUCCAUGGUGGUCAAUGUCGUCAGCCUUUCGGUGACUGAAGGAGCCACAGACAAGGACCUGACUAUUGGAUUCAGCCUCGACCGUUCCAAAAAUGACGGAUUCUCUUCUUCCCUGGAUGAAGAUGUGAAUUACUGUAUUUUCAGGAAACAGUUUGUCUCUGUCCCCCUUCUAAUCCUAAACUUCUCCAGAAGUGAAGUGAAAAUAAAAUCUCCACCAGAAGCUGGUACCCAGUUACCAAAGAUCAUCCUCAGCAGCGAUGAGAGCCAGGAGACUGCUGUCCCCCCGGUGUCAGCAGGCAGCCAGCCUGAGACGAGACCAGGUAAACAGAGUGGAAAGUCUAAAAGAAGUACAGAGAAUUCAAAGGCAAUGGAAGAGAAAUCCUUUUCUGUUCGUAAUAAUGGCAGGGCACUUUCAUUUCGGUUCUCCUUUAACGUCAGCACCAGUGAGCAGGAGGGUCUCUACAGCCUUUACUUGCAUAAGUGCACUGGCCCUAAAACGCGGCCCAAUGACAAGUUUGCGUUCAACCUUGAUAUUGAGAUCACGGAGAAGAAUCCUGAGAGCUACCUCUCUGCAGGAGAAAUCCCUCUCCCUAAGCUAUACAUUUCUAUGGCCUUUUUCUUUUUCCUUUCUGGGACCAUCUGGAUUCACAUCCUUCGAAAACGACGGAACGAUGUAUUUAAAAUUCACUGGUUGAUGGCGGCCCUCCCUUUCACCAAGUCUCUUUCUUUGGUCUUCCAUGCAAUCGACUACCACUACAUCUCCUCCCAGGGCUACCCCAUGGAAGGCUGGGCUGUCGUGUACUACAUCACUCACCUUUUGAAAGGGGCCCUGCUGUUCAUCACCAUCGCGCUCAUUGGCACUGGCUGGGCUUUCAUCAAGCAUAUCCUUUCCGAUAAAGACAAAAAGAUCUUCAUGAUUGUCAUCCCACUCCAGGUCCUGGCAAACGUGGCCUACAUCAUCAUAGAAUCCACCGAGGAGGGGACCACGGAGUAUGCCUUGUGGAAGGAUUCUCUGUUUCUGGUGGACCUGCUGUGCUGUGGGGCCAUCCUCUUCCCAGUGGUGUGGUCAAUCAGGCAUUUACAAGAAGCAUCGGCAACAGAUGGAAAAGCUGCCAUUAACUUAGUGAAGCUGAAACUUUUCAGACAUUAUUACGUCUUGAUCGUAUGUUACAUAUACUUCACCAGGAUCAUUGCAUUUUUCCUCAAAUUCGCUGUUCCGUUCCAGUGGAAGUGGCUCUAUCAGCUCAUGGACGAAAUGGCCACUCUGGUGUUCUUUGUUCUCACCGGGUACAAGUUCCGCCCAGCUUCAGAUAACCCCUACCUUCAGCUUUCUCAGGAAGACGAUGACCUGGAAAUGGAGUCUGUCGUGACGACGUCCGGGGUGAUGGAGAACAUGAAGAAAGUCAAGAAGGUGACCAACGGCUCGGUGGAGCCCCAGGGCAACUGGGAAUGCGCCGCAUGAUGGAGCACGCUCGAGGCUGGCCCCGCGAAGAAGACACUUAAUUUAUUAAUAGUCCUCUUGGUGAGCGAGAGCAGCUGGCACCUCCCGACAGUGACACCACAGCGCGCUGGGGCAGUGCCACGGAAGCCCUUUUUUACUCUUUUAUGGAAACUGAUCGUGGCUGGUCGUAGGCAGCUGGGUUUCUCCUCCAGGUGGGCACGCUGCGGAGGGAGUGUAGCGAGGAGGAGAAUAAAAGGAAGACUUCGUUUUGAUUUA